ACCGCGCCGGUAGGGAAGAGCUAGACUACCCUCUCUCGCCCUCCCUCUUUGUACGGCCAAGUCGACUCUCUCUCCCAGAGCGACUCGAUCGUAUCUGCACACUGGGCCUGGGUCACAGAGAAGGCGGCGAUCAUAGAGCGAGAACUGGCCAGAGAAUCUUCCUGUCGUUGAAAAUGUUGCCCAGUGCCUUAAAGGCACUGAAUUUCCGUACAAGUCAACAGCCAGAAAAUCAAAUUCAGAUUGGUGCUUUAGUUAACAGACGAGAAAUAUAGCCGUGUAAAUGUUCCCCAUGGGGAUCACAGAGAGCAAGAAGAAACAGAACAACACCACAGUCACAGGAAAUUCCUGAUUCGGCCCAACUCGCGUCUCUGAGACUAGGAGUUAUCAUAGAGUUAGAGAUAAUCUUAGAGUCACACACUCCUCGGUCAUCGGCAGUUCUAGUCUGCAAUUGAACGGGUUUUCCUCCUCCUCUUCUGCUCCAAUGGCAAAAUAGAUAGCGGCUCACCAUAGAGAUGUCCAAAGAUAAAGCAACACCGUUGUGUUCCCAUAGAGAGGCCGUGGCCAUUGGUGGCUUUCUUUCUUUUACCGUAAACUUAGGCCAUGCGUCCCUGUAGGGUUUUUUCCUAUCUCUAUGGGAACGAUUAAAAUGCAGAAAAACCUUUUCCGGCCAAAUCAGGAACCAUAGAGAGAAGAAAGGACAGAGAGGCGCUGCUUGCCCGGAGGCUUUGUUACAGGUUUUAAAAGAAAUGCCACUGGGAGCAGUUAUUUAACACUGGAGUUACUUCUUCAUCCUACCUACAGCAAUGCCUUUUUCUGAUUUUUUCUCGGCUCUCAAAGACAAUCCAUACUUUGGGGCAGGCUUUGGCCUGGUGGGUGUAGGCACAGCGCUUGCUUUGGCCCGUAAGGGGGCCCAGUUUGGCAUGGUGGCUUUCAGGCGACAUUGCAUGAUCACGCUGGAGGUGCCCAGCAAGGACAAGAGCUACCAUUGGUUGCUAAGCUGGAUUUCUCACCAUGCCAAGCACACCCAGCACCUGAGUGUGGAGACCUCUUACCUGCAACAUGAGAGUGGCCGUGUCAGUACCAAGUUUGACUUUGUUCCCAGCCCUGGGAACCACUUCAUAUGGUAUCAAAGGAAGUGGAUCCGCAUAGAACGGAAUCGGGAGAAACAAAUGAUUGACCUGCACACAGGCACUCCCUGGGAGUCUGUCACGUUCACAGCAGUGGGCAGCAACCGUCAAAUUUUCUUCAACAUCUUGCAAGAAGCCAAGGAACUGGCUCUAAGGCAGGAAGAAGGAAAGACAGUCAUGUACACAGCAAUGGGUGCAGAAUGGCGGCCAUUUGGUUUCCCACGACGCCGACGCCCACUUGCUUCCGUGGUGCUUCAGGAAGGCGUUUCAGAGAAGAUUGUGCAAGAUGUGAAAGAGUUCAUCAGCAACCCCAAGUGGUACAUUGAGCGAGGAAUCCCCUAUCGGAGAGGAUACCUGCUGUAUGGGCCCCCAGGCUGUGGGAAGAGCAGUUUCAUCACAGCUCUGGCUGGGGAAUUGCAAUACAGCAUCUGUCUUCUGAGCCUGAGUGACCAAAGCCUCUCCGAUGACCGCCUCAACCACCUGCUGAGUGUAGCACCUCAGCAGAGCAUCAUCCUCUUGGAAGAUGUAGACGCUGCCUUUGUCAGUCGAGAUCUUGCUGCUGAAAACUCCACUAGGUACCAAGGAAUGGGACGCCUGACUUUCAGUGGCCUUCUCAAUGCAUUGGAUGGUGUCGCUUCCUCUGAAGCCAGGAUAGUCUUUAUGACCACCAAUCACGUGGACAGACUGGAUCCUGCCCUGAUUCGCCCUGGCCGGGUAGAUCUGAAGCAGUAUGUGGGACACUGCUCAAAAUGGCAGCUUGGCUGUCUGUUCCAGAGGUUCUACCCAGACCAGCCAGUAGCCGUGGCUGAGCAGUUUGCUGAACAAGCCCUGUCGGUCUCUGAUCAGAUCAGUGCGGCACAAGUGCAAGGCCAUUUCAUGUUGCACAAGGCUGAUCCAGACGGAGCCAUGAAAACCGUGCAUACUCUUGGGUCCUAACUAAGCAUGUGCAAGCACUGAGAAAACCCCGCCUAUGGCGUUCCUGGAGGCAGAGUUUGUUGCAUGGUUGAUCUAUGCAGGAUAUGCUCAUAAGGACUGCUGUUUGUAUAUCUACCUCAGUGAAGUCUUCUUUUUGUAAAGAAAAUAAAUAGCAAGCAAGACUAACUCUU